GCAGGCAACAGUUGGCAGCGUCGGAGGAAAUAUUGCAUCUUAGCGCAGGUGCGCUUGCAGGUGAUGCCAGCUUGUUCACAUGAUUGACGUGCGUCGCAAAAUCAUGCAUGCCAACGCUGUCCAGUCAUGGCGCGGAAGGUAAUCAGCAUGACCCGUUGAGUCAAUAGUUCUUUUGACGUGCUCGUAUUUUUCGUGGUCCUCCUCCCCCUUUCUUCGGUUUAUGGGGCUGCAAAUCCUCCUGGCCACCCUGUCCGGCGCCGUUGACGAGUGGAUCCCUGGUCUGAACACGGAGUCGGUGACACUUCUUCGUGGCGACACGGUGGAGUUCAUGGGAGUCGGAGAGCCUGGCGCCAAGACCGCUUUGACGCUGCGCACAGGGACCGUGGAGGUCGGCACCAUGGGCAAGGUGAGAGGGUACAGCAAGAAGGACGACACGAAGAUCGUUGUCGACUUUCCGACCUGUCGUGCGACUGUCCCGGUUCACAACGUCAAGAAGGAGUGGAAGCUGAGCAGCCGACGGCGGAAGGCGAUGGCGUGCUGGGCGACCCUUUUAGGCCAC